AUGCCUGCCAUGCUUGAAGACCCCUCCUCCCACAACCCCCCACCGCAGGCACACGUCCAAGCCGCGGGUUCUCUAACAGCCCGGCACACAACACUGCCCAAGGCCAGCGGGGCGGGAAUGACCCUUUACCCGAUCACAGGUGGUCCGUCCAGCGUGCCCAAGGAUCUGAUCAAGUUCCUGCAUGCGGAGUUCAGCGCGGAGAUCGAGCGUGGCUCCACGUAUCCCAUGGAACAGCCUAUGGAGCUGGAACAGUUUGCUCAGUACUGGUUUGGUACAUUUUGUGUACUGGCGGUGCUGGAUGAGGAGGGCCGCUGCUCGCACAUCUGCAAUGCAGGCUUCAUCACCACCACUGCUUCGCGAGGAAAGGGUGUCGGACAGGCGAUGGGCGAGGCCUACCUCGAGUUUGCGCCUAAGCUGGGAUACAAGUACUCUGUCUUCAACCUGGUUUUCGCCAAUAACCCAGCCUCGAUCCGCAUCUGGGAGAAGCUGGGCUUCAACGUGAUCGGACGAGUUCCAAAGGCAGCUCGUCUCGCGAAUAGCGAGGAAUUGGUUGAUGCUUUGAUUAUCGGACGGGAGCUGGGUAACUAG